CUACAUUACUCUCUCUGCUUCUCAGCCGAUAAUUUUUUUGAGAAUUCUUUUUCUGUAAUCGAACAGAAUAUAUUAUCUCCUUUUAUUUCAUGUUAAUGUAUGAAAAACUCGAAAAUAAUUUAUAAUUGUUGAGGAUGGUCAUCGCGUCGUCUGUGUUUCCCUUCUGAGAAGACAAAUCAAAUGGAGUACCACUACUACUUCAGAUUGCUUAUUUUUGUUUUUUCUCUCGUCUUUCUCAUCGAUUCAUCUUCUUCUCAGAUGCCAGGUUUUGUGAGUUUGGAUUGUGGAGGUGAUGACUCUUUCACAGAUGAUAUUGGGAUUAUGUGGAGUCCUGACACACUUGCUUAUGGCGAGACAACAAGUAUAGCAGUUGCAAAGGAGACCAUGAGGCAAUAUAAGACUCUGAGACACUUUCCUGCUGAUUCAAGGAAGUAUUGUUACACUCUAAAUGUCACAAGUAGGACUAGAUACCUUAUAAGAGCAACAUUCUUGUAUGGUAACUUUGACAACAAUAAUGUUUAUCCCACGUUUGAUAUAUUUCUCGGGGCAACCCAUUGGUCAAAUAUUGUUAUAACGUCCGCUGAUCGUAUAGAGACUAGGGAGCUUAUAUUCUUAGCAACAACUUCUACAAUCAGUGUGUGUUUAUCCGAUGCUACAACCGGGAGCCCAUUUAUAUCAACCCUUGAGCUUCGACCGUUCAAUGGUUCGACUUACUACACCGACUAUGAAGAUAAUUACUACCUCAGUGUUUCUGCGAGGAUAAAUUUCGGUGCAGACAGUGAUGCUCCAGUUAGGUAUCCAGAUGACCCUUUUGACAGAUUAUGGCAGUCAGACUCAUUGAAGAAAGCCAAUUACCUUGUUGGUGUUGCAGCUGGAACCGAAAAAGUGUCAACGAAAAUGCCAAUUGAUACUAACAUGGAUGGGGGGCCUCCUGAAAAGGUUAUGCAGACAGCUGUAGUUGGUACCCGUGGGUCAUUAACUUAUCGCCUGAACCUGGAUGGUUUUCCUGGUAGUGGAUGGGCACUUGCCUAUUUUGCAGAAAUUGAAGAUCUUAAACUGGGUGAAUCAAGAAAAUUUAGGCUAGUGCUCCCCGGCAAUCCUGAUAUCAGCAAAGCUAUUGUUAAUAUUGAAGAAAAUGCAGAUGCGAAAUAUCGUCUCUAUGAAGCAGGAUUUGUCAAUCUUUCUCUACCCUUUCUAUUAUAUUUUCAGUUUGUGAAAACAGGAGACUCCUCCCGGGGGCCUCUCCUGAAUGCAAUGGAGAUAAAUAAGUAUUUAAAGAAAAAUGAAGGUUCUAUAGAUGGGCCUAUCGUUGCUAAUGUAGUUUCGCGCUACUCAUCUGACUGGGCACUAGAAGGUGGUGAUCCAUGCCAGCCAGUUCCGUGGUCUUGGGUUAAUUGUAGCUCGGAUCCACGACCGAAAAUAGUUUCAAUUAUGUUGUCUUGUAAGAACUUGACAGGGAAUAUCCCCUCGGACUUGACAAAAUUGAGUGGACUAGUCGAAGUAUGGCUUGAUGGAAAUUCAUUGACUGGUUCAAUACCUGAUUUCACUGGAUGCGUGAACUUACAGAUAAUUCAUCUUGAAAACAAUCAGUUGACAGGUGGGCUGCCUUCCUCUUUAACAAACCUACCCAAUUUGAAGGAAUUGUAUGUGCAAAAUAACAUGCUAUCCGGAAAGGUGCCAAAGGGUCUUCUCAACAAAAAAAUGGUUUUGAACUAUACGGGAAACGUAGAUCUUCACGAAGGAAGUUCAAGUGGAAACCAUAUGAGCAUUAUCAUCGGUGCAUCAAUUGGUGCUGCUGUUUUGCUCGUAUCUACUUUCGUGUCUUGCCUAUGCUUUCCCAAAUUGAGUCAAAGAAAUCGGGAUAAAGGAGCUUCUGAAAGCCAGGCUCCCACAGAAACUGGACAUUGCUUUGCACUUUCAGACAUUGAAGUUGCUACAAAAAAGUUUGAGAAGAAAAUUGGUUCUGGAGGUUUUGGAGACGUGUACUAUGGAAAAUUGAAAGAUGACAUAGAAAUUGCAGUCAAGGUCUUGGCAAGUAACUCCAACCAGGGAAAGCGAGAGUUUUCAAAUGAGGUAACUCUUCUUUCAAGAAUACACCACAGGAAUUUGGUACAACUUCUUGGGUAUUGCCAAGAAGAUGGAAAGAGUAUGCUUAUCUAUGAGUUCAUGCAUAAUGGAACUCUCAAGGAACAUCUUUAUGGGCCAUUAACUCAGGGACGAAGUAUCAACUGGAUCAAGCGCCUUGAAAUUGCUGAAGAUUCAGCCAAAGGGAUUGAAUACCUUCACACAGGCUGUACUCCAGCCAUUAUUCAUCGAGACUUGAAGACCAGCAAUAUUCUUCUGGACAAACAAAUGAGAGCAAAGGUUUCAGAUUUUGGUUUUUCCAAAGUUUCUGUUGAUGGGGAGUCCCAUGUGUCAAGCGUAGUUAGAGGCACUGUGGGAUAUCUGGAUCCUGAGUAUUACAACUCUCAACAACUGACUGAUAAAAGUGACAUUUAUAGUUUCGGUAUUAUUCUUCUUGAGCUUAUAUCUGGUCAAGAAGCAAUAUCUUGUGACAGUUUUGGCCUCAAUUGCCGUAACAUUGUCCAAUGGGCAAAGCAACACAUUGAGAGUGGUGACAUUCAUAGCAUCGUUGAUCCCGCCUUACACAACGAGUACAACAUCCAAUCCAUGUGGAAAAUAGCAGAGAAAGCUUUGAUGUGCGUUCAGCCACAUGGAUACAUGAGGCCUUCGAUCUCAGAAGUUCUGAAGGAAGUCCAGGAUGCCAUCUUGAUUGAAACAGAAGCAACAAUAGUGAGAGAAUGUAACUCAGAUCUCGGAAAUUUUGACGAACUUGUCUGUGUUCCAAGAUAAGAGUGAGCCACCACCAGAAGGUCGCUUGCCCAAUGCCACCAAAGGCUCUGAUCACUUGGAGGAUGUGUUUGUCCCCAUGGAUCUUAGUGAUCAGGAUAUUGUUGCCUUAUCUGGGGUCACACACACCUUGGAUAGGUGCCGUAAAGAUCUCUCUGGAUUUGUAAGACCUUGAUCUAAUACAUGUUUCCUGGAACAGAGCUUCUUAUUGGAGCGAUAGAAGGCCUGAUUCAGCUACCAUCAGGAUGAGGAUGCCGACUUUGCUGAUUAUGCUGAAGCUCGUUUGAAGUUAUCAAAUCUUGGGUUUGCCAAUAUGGAUAGCUUAGUUUUCUGUCAUGAAGCGCAGGAAACAAUUCUUCAUUUAUUUAAGGAAUUCCCCCUAUUUAAGGUCAUCUGGUUUGGCUUACAAUGGUCUGUUACGGUGAUAAUAUUCCCAUUGGUAAUUCAAAAGAUCUGGUUUGGUGGUUCCUAGAUCCUAGUGGAAAUCUUAACCAAUAUGCUUUCUUGUUAUAUGCGGCCUGUGUGUUGUGAUGAAGUGCGGAGAGCUAGAAACAAAAUAUGCUAUGAACAUGGAGAAAUUGAUAUUCUAGCCAUCUCUCAUAAAAUUAAUGAUGCUUCCUUAGAGUUAAAAUCCUCAAAACCUUUCCAUCAACGGUCUGACAAUUCUAACCAUCCUUAUUCUCUGCAUGUAGAGGAGGGCAUGGUUACAAUUUUUGUGGAUGGCUCUCUCGUUACCAACUGGGCGGAGACUGGUGUUGUAUGCUUUCUGGAAGAUGAUUGCAAAAGAGUGAUGGUGAUCUCGUUCCAAGCGGAGAACUCUUUUGAAAGCUGAAUUAAAAGUUUUGUUUCAUGUGGUUGAAAUAGAUGUUGAAGAAAAUAUAAUUGUUUGGAAACUUUGAAAUUGUGUUUAGUUGUGUAUGCCAAUAUUAUGUUAGAUUUAUAUUAUUAGGAAAUUACAUAUUUUAUAUGAGAUUUUUAAUAGAGUGCAAAAUUAUAGUUU